UUCCCCAUUCCCCGGCUUGCACAGUAUUCCCUACCCCGCUUCUUUUUCGUCUGUGUCCGUCCUUUCAUUCUCUUCCUUCCCCUUCCCUUUCCUCUGCUGUGCGUUGUGGUAUUCCCUCUCGUACUUGUGCUCCCAUUCUUCCCUACCCUCCCUCUAUCCUCGAAAAACAAAGUUACCGGCACCCAGCUCCUUGGGUCCGUAUAUAAUCCCGUUCGGGGGCCACAAUACGAGUGGAAGAUUUUUUUUUUUCCAUAAAAGUCGCACAGGUGCCUUUUCGUCUUUUCUUUGCCUUCCACUUUAUCCACCCCUUACCUCGCGCUCUCCCGAGGGCCUGGGUCCGCUCAUCCGCUCAAUUUAUUCGUUGCCCUUUUUGCGAAAGGAAGGAAGGGAAGGGAAGGGAAGGACAGGCUCGGCUGCAUCUGCAAUUCUCAACUUCAACUCGCCGGAUUCCUCUUUUCACUUCCAUCCACCCCUCUGAUCCGAUUUGCUCUUUCGUUUUCGUUGGCUAGCGGUCGGCAUUUCACGAUGAGUGGACAACCCAUGGAUAGGGAGCCUCUCCCGCCCCUCGAUUGCAUGAAUAUUGAGGUGGACUCUGGGAUGGUAUGUUUUGUGCCCACCUCUUAAUUUUUCCUGAAUCCAUGGCGCAUUGGGUUGAUGGGAAAUAUUAGGACUAUCAUGAAAGUGAUGAGGAUCAAGUGUGAGUUUUUGUUCUGUCCUUUUUGGAAACCUGGAAAUUCCUCCUCGCAUGACAUGUCAUCUUGCCCACUUCCCCCUUCCACUUGCUUUUAAGGUCCAUGGACCAUCGUCCUGGCGUUUUCUCAUGGCUAAUCGAUGGAUUGGAUGUGCCCUGGGAUAGUCCGAGUGGGUGCGUGUCGAUAACGUCCAGCGUUGUGGAUUAUCAGUAUGAACAUGGUGAGUUUUUGUUUUUGUUUUCGGAUCCCCCCCACCCGUCGUUUAAGGCCCUGGCUUGACUUGGUUUCCUGUGGAACUCAUUGUGCUGAAAUCCCAUUGUGUAGGUCGCCGAUACCAUAGUUACUCGCAGGGCAACUAUCCAAUGCCGAAUGAUGAGACGGAACAGGACCGGUAUGUUAGAAUUCAGCGCUGCGGAAUUGAGCCGUGAGCCCCUAACAUUGCUACAGCCUUGACAUGCAUCACCAGAUAUUUUUAAAAAUGUUGGAUGGGAAAUUGUUUCUUGCACCACUGGAUCGGAAUCCGCCCAAAAGAAUUUUGGACAUUGGCACGGGGACCGGGAUUUGGGCGCUGGACAUGGCAGAGUAGUUUCCGUAAAAACCAACCUAGACAACCUCAAUUGCUAACAGGCCUUAUCACACCAGACACUUCCCACAUGCUCACGUCAUUGGGACCGACUUAAGCCCCAUUCAACCAACUAUGGUGCUCCCGAACUGCCGUUUUGAAGUUGACGAUGCGGAGCUAGGAUGGACGUGGCCACCGGUGACACUCACUGCCUCACACACCCCUUCAAUAGUGCUGACGCUAAGAUUAUAGAACCAUUUUGACUUUAUUCACUCCCGGCUUCUUGGCCAAAGCAUCAAGAACUGGGAGCGUUUCCUCGAGCAGAUCUUCCACCACCUGAAGCCUGGUGGCUACAUAGAGCUGAUUGAGCACCUAAUGGACGUACGCAGCGAUGAUGGCAGUUAUCCUCCGGGUUGCGCUCUGCGUGUAUACAUGCAUAAUCUUAAUCUCUCCCUUGAGCAAAUGGGCGUACCAAAUAUCGCCACACGAUUAAAAGAAUUCGUUAUCAAGGCCGGGUUUGUAGAAGUCAGGGUGCGUCUUAUCUCUAUAAUCUCCACAUGUGCGAGGCGAAAUGGGUCAAUGGUAUUGACAGGGGAAUAGGAGGAAGUUCGCAACAUGCCCUGGGGCCCCUGGCCCAAAGACCCUCGAAUGAAGGAAAUAGGGUACUGGGCGCUGCUCAAUUCAGACACCUCCUUCGAAGCAUACGGGCUAGCGUUAUUCACGCGGGUGCUAGGCAUGACGGGGGAGGAAGCUAGAGAGCUGUGCACGAGGGCUCAAAGGGAUCUCAAGAAUAAACACAUUCAUGUUUAUAAUCCAAAGUAUGCCUCCUCGUUUCCCCCGGGACGCCUUGUCGAAGCCCUGGAAUGCUGA